CCGGUGCCGGCCAUGGGCAGGGGCUGAGGCGCCGCCAUGUCGCGGCACAAGGCGAGGCGCAAGGGCGGUGCCCGCGAGCGGGUGUUCGGCUGCGACCUCCUGCAGCUGCUGCAGCGCUCGGGGCAGGACGUGCCGCAGGUGCUGAGGAGCUGCACCGAGUUCGUGGAGCAGCACGGGGUGGUGGAUGGGAUCUACCGGCUCUCCGGGGUGUCCUCCAACAUCCAGCGGCUGCGGCAGGAGUUCGAGAGCGAGCGCUGCCCCGACCUGCGCAGGGACAUUUACCUGCAGGACAUCCACUGCGUGAGCUCCCUGUGCAAAGCCUAUUGCCGGGAGCUGCCCAACCCGCUGCUCACCUACCAGCUCUACCACAAGUUCGCUGACGCGGUGGCCAUCCAGAUGGAAGAAGCUCGCUUGGUGAAGAUCAAGGAGGUGCUGAAGGAGCUGCCGGUGCCCCACUACAGGACCCUGGAGUUCCUGAUGCGGCACCUCCUGCGCAUGGCGGCCCACAGCAGCCAGACCAACAUGCACGCCAGGAACCUGGCCAUCGUGUGGGCCCCCAACCUGCUGCGGUCCAAGGACAUCGAGACGUCGGGGUUCAACGGCACGGCGGCGUUCAUGGAGGUGCGCGUCCAGUCCAUCGUGGUCGAGUUCAUCCUCACCCAUGUUGAGCAGCUCUUUGGGGACGCUCCCCUCCAGGCAGCAGCCGAGAGCCCCCGCCGGUCCCUGCUGCUGGCAGGGGGGGGGCAGCCGCCACCAUAUCAUGUGCCGGCGGCACUGAGCCAGGGCGAUGGGCCCCCCCCGAUCCGGCCCUACCACACCAUCAUCGAGCUCAGCAGCGACCACAGGAGGAAGGGCUCCCUCAAGGCCAAGAAGUGGAGAUCCAUCUUCCACCUCGGCCGCUCCAGCCACGAGGCCAAGCGCAAGAUGAAGGCGCUGGAGGAGAAAGAGGACAAGGGUGGCACAAGGGGCCUGCGGCCGGCCAAGAGCAUGGACUCGCUCAGCGCCGUCCCCUCCGCCGGCGAUGGGGACCCCGCUCCGGGCGAGCUGCCGCAGCGCCGGGAGAGCUUCGACGCGUGCCCGGUGCCGCCGGGGCGCUGCCGGGAGCCGGGCGAGGGCCGGGAGGAGCCGCAGGGCGACGGCAGCGCCCGCUCCGAGCCCAGCACCCCCCGGGCCGGGCGCAGCCGCGCCGAGAAGUGCAUCGGGGUCCACAUCUCCGGCCCCUUCGGCGUCACCGUCCCCCUGCACAUCACGCCCAACCUGUCCCGCCUGACGCGGGGGCUGCCCUGCCCGGUGCUGGGCACCGGCGCCCCCGACCCGCAGCGGGACACCGGGGGGGACGCCCCGGGCCCGGUGCCCCCGUCCCCCGCGGCCGGCAGCCGCCUCUCCAUGGAGCUCCGGGACUCCUUCGCCUUCCUGGACAGCCCCGAGCCGUGGCUGGAGGGCGCCGGGGACGGGGAACCGGGGGACCGGGAGCUGCCGCCGGGCACCGGCCCCGCGGGUGAGGGCGAGGGGCUGGCGGCCACCGAGGACGGGAUGGAGAGCGGGUUCAUGAACCCGGCGGAGCCCCGCUCUGAGCCGUCCGGCAGCUACUUGUCCAUCGAGGAGUGCAUGGACGAGGAGAUGUUCUUCAUGGCGCCCGACGCCGACGACACCGACUCGGACGACAUGUUCCUGAGCGCCCACGACGAGCUGAGCCCGCUGGUGGCAGCGCUGGAGCCCCCCGGCGCGGGCUCGGCCCCGGACACCCCCGGGAGCCCGGUACCGGCCCGACCCGGCGCCGCAGAGGAGGGUGCUCCGGGUGAUGCGGAGCACCCCGGGGAGCCUACGGGGGCGCGGGCAGAGCGGGGGGCACCGGGCAGCGGGGAGGACGGUGCCAGAACUGACCCCGGCUGCGCGGGAGCGGGGCCGGCUCCCGACACAUCGGACGAGGACAUCGAAGAGGACGGAGCCGGCCCCGGUCCCCGCGCCCCGGGGUCCCCUCGGUCAGCGGCGGAGCCUCCGGUCCCCUCGUCCCCCGCGCCCCCCAGCCCGGCUCCCGGCGCGCCGGUGCUGCCCGAGCCCGCGGCCGUGCUGCGCCUGGCCACCCGCGCCGCGCCCGUGCUGCAGGCGCGCUCCGUGCCCGUCGUGCCGCCCAAGCCGCAGUUCGCCCGCGUCCGCCGGGCCCCGCGGGGGAGCAGGAGGCGGCGGCGGCGGCGGCGGCAACCACCGGAGGGGCCGGCCCGCGCCCCCGGCGCCGCGCUGAGGCGGGCGGGCUGGCGGGCCGGCGGCAGCGCGUCCCUCGAGGCGGAGCAGCCGCCGGGCCGGGCCCCGGUGCGCAGGAUCCAGACGUACUGCGGCGGGGAGCCGCUGCCCGCCGCCGCGGCGCUGCCCGGCCACACGGCCCGCUGCGGCCGCAGCACCGGCCCCGCAGCUGCGCGGCGCUGCCCGAGGCGCCGGCGGGGAACCGGCCGUGCCCGCGGCGAGCGGAGAGCCCCGGGGCGGAGCGCGGGGCCGCGGGGCAAUAAAGGCGCUGGGCUUUGUCUACCGCUGCGGCCUCCUUCAGCACAACAUGGCGGCGCCCGCGACGGCCUCCGGGAGCUGCGGGGCGGCGGGUCCCCGGGCCGGGCCGGGGACAGGGGCCGGGCGGGGGGUUCCUCCCGUGCGUGGCCGGCACCGGGAGCGCCGCCGGUUCCCCCGGGCGGGGCGCGGGGAGCGGCGGGGAGGGAGGGUGCCCGGUUCCAAGAUGGCGCCGCCCUCAUUCAAGAUGGCGCCGGGCGGAAGCGCUGA